AUGGCCCAAUCUCACCCCCUAGAUCAGCUGUAUGCGGAGGAAAUCACCAAUGCUCGAAAUGUCGUUGUACAGGCAUGGCCCGGAGCACUACUCCAGUUCCGAUCCAUAUUCCUAGAAGAACCUGCUAAGGCGAGUCUGCUGCCUUUUCUCAAGGAGGAGCAUGAUGGGACUUUGAGCAGCACCACCCCUCGCCCUGCGAGGCUAGCUCGAGUCCAAUACGAUGUGAUUCACACAGGAAAAGCCCACGGGUAUUCAGAGUCCGUUGUGGAUCUUGACUCGAGGAAGGAAGUCAAGAGGGAAGAGUUCGAUACCACAUGCCAGCCACACCUCACAAUGGAAGAAAUGAAAGGCUUCUUUGACAUUUGUCUCUCCUCUCCCUUGUUCCAAGAAGCCAUAUCAAAAUUCAAACUUCCGGAAGGAUAUGAAGUGGAGCUUGAACCCUGGCCGUAUGGCUAUUCGGAUCCUGGAGUCACCCCGCCGCGUCAUAUUAUUGGGCUAUGCUUUGCGAGAGACCAUCGUAACGGAAAUCCCGACUCGAACCAUUAUUCCCACCCGAUCCCCAUAAUUGCCGUUAUGGAUGUCUAUAAACAAGAAAUCGUGAGAAUAGAAAAGCUAGCUUCUGGUGGAAUCGCAGAUGGCUUCGCUUAUGAUACGCAUCAGCCUAAUGCUAUUGAUCACUGCCGCGCAUCGGAAUACGUGCCAGAGCUUGCUGACGUUGAAUACCGCGCUGAUAUCAAACCCCUCAAUAUUAUACAACCCGAAGGACCUUCCUUUAAAGUAACCAACAAGAGUUUGGUUGAGUGGCAGAAAUGGCGGUUUCGUAUAGGGUUUAAUCCUCGUGAAGGUGUCACUCUUCAUGACAUUCACUAUGACGGUCGGAGUGUCUUUUAUCGACUCAGUUUAUCCGAAAUGACUGUUCCUUAUGGUGAUCCCCGCCCACCUUUCCAUCGAAAGCAAGCGUUCGACUUUGGUGAUGGCGGCGCGGGUCGUUCCGCAAAUAACCUGUCUUUGGGGUGCGAUUGCGUGGGCGCGAUACAGUACUUAGACACCUUCAAUAUCGACUUCUCUGGUCAGCCAAUUCCAGCUCCGAAUGUGGUGUGUAUACACGAGCAAGACAAUGGUAUUGGAUGGAAGCAUACCAAUUUUCGUACCGACCAACCGGUAGUGACAAGGUACCGCGAAUUAAUCAUCCAAUAUAUUAUUACCCUCGGCAACUAUGAGUAUGUUUUUUCAUACAAGUUCGAUCAAGCCGGAGCCGUGAGCCUUGAAGUGAGACCAACUGGUAUUAUUUCAGUUGUUAAUAUUGACCCUGGAAAGACUUCACCAUGGGGAAAUGUUGUUUCACCUGGCGUUCUUGGUCAGAAUCACCAGCACAUAUUCUGUUUCCGUGUUGACCCUGCCAUCGAUGGACAUAACAAUACCAUAUUCUGUGAAGAAUCCUUACCAAUUCCCCUCGAACCAGCAACAAACCCUUAUGGGAAUGCCUACAAUGUUGUUACAAAACCUAUUGAGAAAUCUAGCGGUUUUGAUGCCUCACCAUUCACUAACCUAGUUGUCAAAAUGUCGAACACAAACGUUCGAAACCCAAUCUCUGGAAAACCCGUUUCUUACAAAUUCACCCCCCCUCCAUCCCAGCUGCUCUUAGCAGAUCCCCGAUCUACUAUGGCACGCCGUGCCAAGUUUGCCAGUCAUCAUCUUUGGGUCACUUCAUACAAAGAUGGAGAAUUCUAUGCAGCAGGAAAUUUCACCAAUCAAUCUCAAGAAGAGCGAGGAGGACUGGCGGAUGCGGUAUCUCGUAACGAUGAUACAACGGACUCUGAUGUUGUACUCUGGUCGGUAUUUGGAUUCACGCAUAAUCCUCGUGUGGAGGACUGGCCGGUCAUGCCGGUCGAAAAAAUUGAACUGCAAUUCCGUCCAUCCGACUUCUUUGAUCGCAACCCUGCUCUGGACGUUCCAGCUGUUAAGAAUACCGCUAGCGUGCUUGUUGAUGAAAAGAAUAUAUGUUACCGAACAUGCAAUUGA